UGAUGACAAUAUGGAACAUGGCUACGCCACACAGCGCAAAGCAUGGCAGAUCCAAUCCCAGUCAAACUUCCUUGGGAUAACAAGCAAUGACUUCCAGCAACGCCGGACCGUAUGAUAUUCUAGCUUGUACAGAGCGUGCACCCACAGCAGCUGAGGUCUUUGCCCCCCGGCCCGAUGACCCGUUGCCGAGCCUCGUGGUUAACGUACCUUUCCCUUACGCGACUCCCCCCAGCCGGACAAACAGUACUAGGGCAGACGCAACAGCAAUAGGUCCUCAACUCCAGGCUAUCUAUAAGCGCCGGGUCAGCCAGCCGGCACAACUGCCAACAAAUCCCUAUGGAUAUUCUAAUGGAAGUCAGAGCUUGUAUUCGAAAUACCCAGCAGAAGUGAUUCCUCGAUUAAAAACUCCUGCUGAGGUCCGAGUGUCGCGAUACGAUAGGAAAGUUAUUGUCCAAGAGAAGCAUACUUUAUGAGCUUGAUUAACGAAGGGGAGGGAUAGAGCGUAUAUAUUGUACAGAAUCAAGAAAUCGGGACCGUUCAUAAACUCCUUUUCUCUCUUUGCAUCGAUCAUUUUAGCAGAAGUGGCAUAAUAUCCGAUAGA